UUUCGCGCAACUUGGCGAUCGCGAUAUUUUAGUUGCGGGGCGCCGCGGUCGCGGUCUAACGUCAGUACUAGUAGUCAGGUAGAGUACAGUGCGCAGAUCGAUUGUGGGCUUUUUGAUUUCGCUAGCGGCGGCGAUUUGUAACGGGAAAAGUUGAUGCCAGCCUCAACCGGUCUAGUGCUCCACAAAGAAUCAUCUGCCAACAACCUCCACCAAAUAAUAGAAACAAAUUGAAAAGUACACUCAGUCGUGCAUUUCAAUACUCUCGAGGACAAUGCUUUGUGUUUCCCUUUGUCCCUGUAAUAUAACACUCUCCCAUAGACUAAGCACAUAACCGUUUGAUCAAGCCGUUUUCAGCAAAAGACCCAAUGCUUGAGGACUGAACUAGGAUCGUUUGUUCUCCCUUUGUGUGUCUGUCCUCGAUCGUAAAGUCAUACAAAUGCAUGUAUUUUAACACACGUAUUGCAUGUGGUCGUCACCAAAUUUUCGUGAUUUUAAAUUUUUUAUUGAUUCAACCGUUGCCCUGUAAAUCGUGACUUUUAUCAAUUUACAAUUGGAAGUCUACCUUUGAGUGUUUUGCCAAGUGCCACAAGAAAAUCAACAUGAGGCCGAGAUUUUGAUGCAAGUGAACCUAUUAGCGACAUCAUGGAUGCCAAAGGAACAAUAGAAGACAAUGGCCAAUUGUCUUCCGAAGCAACAGACAAUGCAACAUCACUUUCUCGCUCUAGUGGACACACCCAAGACUGUUUGAAAGCAAGUGGACGGGGGAGUCAGAAAGACUCCUCUAAAAUUGCAGAUGGUCACAUUCUCACAUGGGGUUGUGGGGAGUUUGGACAACACGGCCACGGCCACACGAACAACGUUGAACCCGAAGAAUCGCUGAUGCGACACUUCUAUGAACGGGUCGCCGAAAUAGUGGGGACUGGGAAAGGUUUGUCUGCAGGAUCCGUUGUUGAGAGGCUGAAGACGUUUGCGUGCGGAGCUAGCCACACUGUGGUUGUGACAGACUCAGAUCAAGUUUACUCAUGGGGGAAUGGUAACAGUGGACAGCUUGGCUGUGGUGACAAGGACACCCAUCUGACUCCCCAGCGGGUGAGAUUACCCACAGAGGGUAAGGCCUCACCCAUCAAGGGACUAGCUUGCGGGAGCAGACACUCCGUCCUCUGGCUAGAGAACGGCCUAUGCCUCAGCUGGGGUAACAACUUCUACGCCCAGCUAGCUUACGACUUCCGGAUUGAGAACUACAAAGACAACCAGACAAACCGUCAAUUCCUGCUGCAACGCUUGGCUAGAAAAAACAUCUGUGACGAGGUAUUGCCACAUAUAUUGCGUCCCAUUGCGCACCUGAAAGUGACGCAGGUGGCGUGUGGGGAGAAACACAGCCUGUUCCUGUACGAUACUGGAAUAGUUGCUACAUGUGGAUGUAGCAGCUUUGGUCAGCUGGGAUCCGGAAACCGAGCUGAGCUGGUUUCUCCAAAGGCUCUUGAAUCGCCGGAGGGGGUUGUGUCCAUUGCGUGCGGUGCCAACCAUAGUUUAGCAGUCACAGCCGCUGGAGAGCUGUAUGCCUGGGGUUUGGGCCGGGCGUGCGGACAGCGCAGGGAGGACGUCUUGCGACCGUUGCGCAUAAUGACGCGCAAGUCCAAUGUGGUCGCGGCGGCCGGAGGGAGUGCCCACUCCGCGGCGCUGACAGGUGAGUCUGAGUUCAUUCUUUUCUGUUUGCGUUGGCCGGCAUCUGAAUGAAUUGGCUACGGCUGAGAGUGACACACAUGUCUAUGGGAAGCGGAUUCGUAGCCGUAGUCAUUGCAAGCCUUGUUUACGUGGCAGGCUCAAGAAGGCACUGUUCAGCAUGGCUCAAUAUGGCACAGUGUUAAGCCGUGUCAGAAUAAUAUAGCUACGGCUUGCAAUAGCACAGGAGACAAUGGAAAGUGGCUGCAGCCGCAAGCUAGUGACUUCUAUAGGUGCGCGUGUUAAUAUACAGCCGUAACCAUGUGAUACAGACACGGUCUUAUAUUAUCCAAUGCCAAUUGGUGUGCUUUGUUGGGAAUGGCUCUCCGUUCAUAAAAUGACAAUGGGAAACUUUCGAGAUGCUCGGUGGCAGCAAGCACACCG